GUUGAAUAGUAAAUCCCAAUAACUGGAAUGUUUGGGUUUAUCAAAUACCAGAUAGGCUACAAUGUUUAAUGCUUUGUUAUAUUGUGUACCUUAUCUGUUUCACUGAUUGAUUUUCCUCUUUUUAAAACAAUGUUAAAUAGAUUGAAUGAUGACUACUUUGUGGUAUAGCUCAACAACUACUAUUGAUUAUGUUUCUUCCUUGAAUCUACCCUGGAAGAGCUGAGGAGACAGUGGAGAAAGGAAAGAUGGAAUAACGCCAUUCUAUUCCAUUCAUUACACACACACACUCAUACAUACAUACUUCCGUACUGGAGAUACAAAGAAAUAGAGAUUUACAGAGUCCUCAGUAUGUGCCAGGUGCUGGGCUCAGAUUGGAAGACCCGAAUAUUAGCAGUCUAUGUAAAGAAUGAGCCCACAGCUGUGGCUGGCUGUUUUGAAAGCAAAGGAACUGUGUACCAUGUGGUGGAAAAGCCUACAGGACUCACAAUCACAGUCACCUGGCUUCAGAUCCCUGCUCUGGAAUAUGCUGUAGUAGGAGAGUAGCACUGAAAACUCUGGCACCAUGAAUUGGGGGAGGAUAAAAGAGGUCAUGUACGGGGUUUGAGAGACCCUUUAGAAGAACCAGAAGGAACCUUGAGUGACUGACCAAGUUCUUCCGAGGCUUCUUUCCUUCUCCUGUUCCCCCCUCCUCUUUUCUUCCUUUGGCAACUGGAAAUUGGGAUUCAGCAACCACUGGGGGGGGUGGAGCCCACGCUCCAAGGGGCUUUUCCCUGGGGGAUGGGCAGCUGGUGAGUGGGUAUCUCUUCUCCCUGGCAUAGCAAACCACACGAUGAACCUCCAGGCCCAACCCAAGGCCCAGAACAAAAGGAAACGGGUUCCGUUUUUCAGCGACCCAGAAACAGCAACAAAGGAGCAGCAACAGCUGAAGGAGGGGCAGUAUUAUGGUCAUGGUGGACCAGUUAGCAGCGUCCCUACCUCCCAGCCCUCUGAGCUACCCCCUCACAGUACCCUAUCGCUACUGAACUCAGUAGUUUACAGACCGGAGCGGGGGAACCCUCCCAUGCUCUCUCAACAGGUGGCAGCUGUCAAGUGGUCAAAUUCAGUAAUGGGCCGGGUGCCCGAGCGGGGUGGGGAUGCGAGCUGGCAGCAGCAGUCCCAGCCCUCUCCCCACCAGUUGUGGAACCAUGCACUCACUAUGUAUGGUGGCCAAAAAGGGGCCCCUCACCCCACAGUUGGGGUCUCGGGUUUCUAUAGCCACCCCGAGACCUUGAAACGAAGCCAGGAGAAAGGACUCCUGCCGCUGGAUCCCUACAAUGAUGCCAUACAACAGAUGAUGUCCCAAAAGGCACAGCUGGAGCUGGGAAGGGCCCAAGCCCCUGUGAACUCCUUCCAUACACCCAAGAAGCCCCCAGGCCAAUUGCCCCUGCAGCCUUUCCAGUUGGCAUUUGGGAACCACCAAGUGAACCGCCAUGUUUUUCGACAGCCCCCACCUGGCACCAACCCAGCUGCCUUUCCCCCACAACAGAAACAGCAGGCCCUCCCCCAAAUGCAGCUUUUUGAGAAUUUCUAUCCCCAACAGCAGCCUCCACCUCCACCCCACUCCCAGCAGCCCCAGGACUUCAGCCUUCAGUCAGCUGGCCCCAUGGGUCAGGCUCACCUUGGACCCCAUCACAGUAUGGUGCCCUGUCCCUUUCCCCCCAAUCCCGAGAUGAACCCGGAGCUCCUGAAGGCCCUCAUGCAGGACCAGCCUACACAACCUGUGCUACCUCAGGCCCAGAUCUCCUUCCCACGGCGCUCCCGACGGCUUUCCAAGGAAGGGAUUCUACCGCCCUCAUCCACAACUGCCCUGGAUGGUCCUGUUCCCCAGCCCCGAGAAGAGAUAUCUAGCAACCUGUUCUUACAUCACUGGUCACAGCAGCAGCAGCACCUGCCCCAGGGUAACCUGGGGCAGCCCCAUCCUGAGACCCUGGGUCACGAGAAGGGCAGCCACCUCAUGCCCCAGUCAGAGCAAGGUGGGGUAGCUCUUGGUGGUCAGCAACACCUGCCUGAAGGGGAGAGACUGGCCCAGAAUGGCCGGGAGCGGGAGGCCCCUGAAGGCAGUGAAGCCUGGGGAACCAAUGACUUUGGAGUGGUUCGAGGAGGGGUGAUUCAGAGCACGAGACGGCGGCGGCGGGCUUCCCAGGAGGCCAAUUUGCUGACGUUGGCUCAGAAAGCUGUGGAACUGGCCUCCCUCCAGGAUGCUGAAGGCCUAGAGGAGAGGCGGAAGACAGUGGUAGCAUCUGCAGCCAAGAGUGUGGUGGAGUUUGCUGGGCCCUCAACCCCCUCCAAACGUGCACGAGAAGACAGUGGGAUGGUCCCUCUUAUCAUCCCUGUGUCAGUCCCUGUGUGCAGGGUAGAUCUGCCAGAGGUGACACAGCUGGGAUAUUCAGAUGAGGAAGGGAAAGUCCCUUUGGCUUCAGCACCGGAUCGGAGCCCCACAGAACACAAACCUUCAGUCAUUGUCACCCGAAGGAGAUCCAACCGGAAUCCCAUGACUGAUGUGCCAGCCCAGGUUGAAGAUGUGGAUGCCAAGGGGGAUGGUGAGGGCUUGGUCCGAAAACCAAAACAAAGGCCUCGACCUGAACCCUUGAUCAUCCCCACCAAGGCAGGCACUUUCAUUGCCCCUCCUGUGUACUCCAACAUUACUCCCUACCAGAGUCACCUACGCUCUCCCGUUCGAGUGGCUGACCACUCAUCUGACAGAAACUUUGAACUUCCCCCCUACACGCCCCCACCUAUACUCAGCCCUGUUCGUGAAGGCUCUGGCCUCUACUUCAAUGCCAUCAUGUCAACCACUGGCCUCGUCGCCCCUCCCCCUAUUACACCAAAGAGUGCUCACCGUACCCUACUCCGAUCCAACAGUGCUGAGGUCACUCCACCUGUUCUUUCUGUGAUGGGGGAAGUUACACCCGUCAGCAUCGAGCCUCGAAUCAAUGUGGGGACUAGGUUCCAAGCGGAAAUUCCCCCAAUCCGGGACAGGGCUCUGGCAGCUGUAGAUGAGCAUAAAGCGGACCUGGUCUGGCAGCCUUGGGGAGACCUGGAUGCUAGCAGGGAGACUCAAGGGCAAGUGGAAGACCUUCUGACUGCUGCCUGCUCUAGUAUCUUUCCUGGGGCUGGAACCAACCAGGAGUUAGCCUUGCAUUGCCUGCAUGAAGCCAAGGGUGACAUCUUGGCAACGCUGACCAAACUGUUGCUCAAGAAGCCACUUCGACCUCCCGAUCACCCACUGGCAAAUUACCACUAUACAGGGUCUGACCAGUGGAAAGUAGCUGAAAAAAAACUAUUCAAUAAGGGCAUUGCCAUCUACAAGAAGGACUUCUUCCUGGUGCAGAAGUUGAUUCAGACCAAAACAGUGGCGCAGUGUGUGGAAUUCUACUACACCUACAAGAAGCAGGUGAAGAUUGGGCGAAACGGGACCCUGACCUUCGGGGAUGUUGAUACCACCGAUGAGAAACAGGGUCAGGAGGAAGUGGAAGUGGACAUUAAGAGUUCCCAGAGGUUGACGAGGGUCCAGCCUCCCAAAAGGGAGGCCCCAAGUGAAGAGUGUGCAGUGCCCAAGAAGGAGGCCAAGAAGGAGGUCGGGGAAGAGGAAGGGAAGCAGGAAGAGCAAGAAGAGGUGCGGGAGAGGAGCCGGAGGGCAGCAGCUGUCAAAGCGGCCCAGACAAUACAAGCCAAUGAGGCGAUCAAUGAUGUCCUCAUCCUCAGGAGCCAUGAGUCCAGUGCUCCUGGGAUGGCCAGCAGCCGAGUCACGGAGAAGCCUAAGGAAAGUUCUGGGAAAUCUCGAAGAGCUGGAGCCCUCACAGAGAAGAGGACCACAGAGACCUUAAGUAAAACUCAGAACCAGGACAGCACGUUCCCUUGUAAAAAAUGUGGCAGGGUAUUCUUCAAGGUCAAGAGCCGCAGUGCCCACAUGAAGAGCCACGCAGAGCAGGAGAAGAAGGCAGCAGCGCUAAAGCAGAAGGAGAAGGAAGCUGCAGCUGCAGCAGCCGCAGCCGCUGCUGCCGCCACUCGCCUCCAGGCCCGACGGGAAAACAGUGGUGGUGGUGGUGGUGGUGGUGGUGGUGGUGGUGGCGGUGGUGGUGGCGGUGGUGGCAGCAGUAGCAGUGGGAGCUCAGAUGAAGAUGGCGAGGUGUAGUGAGCAGAGGUGAUGGAUGGACUCAGCCGGGAAAGCAGUGAGGCUGGUUCUCCCCCACUCUCCCUGUGCUGGAUGAUUGCCCUCUCUGCACCAUCACCUGCCUUGUGCCUGCAGCUGCCUGGCUCAGUGGACACUCAGUGGGGAGUCAGAAGGGAAUCAUGAAGACUUAAAAACAAAAAUAACAAAAGACAAGCUUUUAUUUAAUUUAUAAAGGCCCCAGGAACAGUGUUACCUGGGGCAGGACCCAGUUCUCCUUCUAUUGAGUCUGUCAGACCUUGUCCCUGUGCUUUUUCAGAAUGGUAGGACUCCUCUUCUCGUGCUUCUGGAGACUUCCGACCUGGAGUCAUUGAUCUCCUCACCCCACCAAGCCAUGAGGCUAUUGGUUGCUGCUGCUACUUCUGCUGCUUUUUGGACACCAAACUCUUACUGCACAAUUUCCCUCCCUUUUCUUGGCCUUCCAUUCCUUCCCUGAAUCACUUGGAAGAUAUUUUAGGGGAUGGAAAGCUUAGCUCGUUUGCAAGAUUUCAUCCUAUCCUCCUGGACACAGCCUACUGAGCACCACCAGAAAUUGAGUAACCCCGCCAACAAGAUGCUCUCAAGUUUCUCUCCUCCCUGGCUCAGGUGGGUGAGACAGGGUGGCCCCUUCCAGGAGAGGAACAUUUAAUCUUCUCCUUGAACCUGCCACCUGGAACUAGCCUGGUCAAGCUCCCAGCCAGGAAAAUAAGGAGCAGGCAAGCACAUUGAUGCCCAAACCAAAGCUUCUCUGUUUAUCCAUUCCCAGCAUCCCUUCUCUCCCUGAAGGGAGGCCACGGGGUGUGUAUUGUGCUCCUGGGCAGAUGGGAAAAGACUGAAAGGAAGAAGUGGCAGGGAUCCAGAUUUCUUUUUUUUCCCCACUACCCUUUUCAGGGUCUUAACUUUCCUGUUUCCUGGCAACUCUGCCUAGAGCUGAGAUGAAUUUCUCAAACCUUUGGAGAUCCAAACCAGAAUCAGUGGCACUGGUCUCUGCUAAUAGACCUUCCUGGGGAAAGGGAGUUUAGUGAGAGGGCUAUCUGUGCUGGAGGGGAAGGUGGCUGGGGUUUUUGCUAAAUUGGACUCAGCCUUAUUUGUCAACCCCUUGCCGGAUGCCUUCUGUUCCCUAGCUACUGUGAAAUAGCUAAAAGUCACUGGGGACCUUCUCUUUGUGAUUAAACUUGUUAAUCCUAGGGGGAUGCCUGAGCUGUGAGAGCCUUCAGCUUUCCUGGUGGUGGCUCUAAGGUCUGAACCAAUACGCCCCCAUCUGCUUGAAUUGCCAAAACACAGCCCUCUGGUUUCAUGCUUUGACUGUCUUCCUCUUUGUAAGGAAGGCACAGACCCAGCUUCUCCCCACCCCCCACCCUGGUUUUCUUCAGAUUUCAGGAUCCUUUCCUGUCAGAGUGGUCACUGAAUUAGAUGGAGAAGAGUUGUGAUUUGGGAGUUAUUUAUUUUUCAUAUUUAAUUUUUCACAUCCUCUCAGGGAGCCGGGGCCUCUUGCUUUCCAAAGGCCCAAUUUGUUUCUCCAAAAGUAAGAUAGCUGCCUGCCCUUGGAGGGAAAUUAUCAUAUACCUGGGGUGUAGGACCUUCUCUAUCAGAGUCACUGUGGGAACUGGCCCCUGACAGUGGAAGAAAUGAGGUUUCUCCAAACCCACUAAAAGCAGAGAGCCCAAGUCAGGAAGUGCUUCGGUGUUUUGGAAAGGGAGGUGUUGUUUUUUUAAAAAAGAAAUCGAAAACAGUGCUGCUUGCUAUUUUCUUCCCUCCACUUUCAGAUAGGUUAAGAGCAAUGGUGUUGGAAAGCCCAUUCAACUCUGAGAUGAAUUUGGGUUUUGUUCAAGUAGGCCAAGGAUUCUAUUUACUGGCUUAUUGGAAUUAAUAGAACGAAAGCUUAGAACAAGGAAAAGGUUUUAAGAAUAGCUUGUGGGGAUUCAGAGGAGCCUGUCUGAUUCUAGGGAUGGAUUAUUUUCUGGUCGCAUACCUAAACUUUAACUUUGUAAAUGAGGUCCAAAGGAAGUAGCAUUCUCAGUGAGGGAGUCUAGGUAACCAGGCCCGUCAGGCUAGUGAUUUGGGGGAGGGGAUUGCUUGUAAACUAUGCACUAUCAGGUAUUCUUCAGUAUCAUUUAGACUUUAAUAUGGAUCUUCAGGGCCCCCACAGAGGGAGUAACCAAAUCCUUCUGCCUAGCCUCCUAGAGAAUGAUGGAAAUUUCUCAACUCCUUGCCUGCUGAUCUGUUUUCCUCCAUGAGAUUGUGCAAAUUCAGUGUCCUAAGAUUGUAUAAAAUCUUGUACACGAUCCAGAAGCAGGAAGUUAAGCUCAAUAUGAGUGCCUUCUCAGCUCAGCCCUGAAGUGCUACUUACGUGUCCCAAGAUUUUUCUAUUUAAAAAUUCCUUUGUUUCAGUCCUUGUUUAGACACACAACAGCUGCUCUUGUAACAGAAACCUUCAGCCAGAUGAGACCCUUCCAUUCACUCAGAAAGUGGUAGAACCACUCUCUUGGAAUUCUUUGAAUAAUAAAGUAACUCUCUUGAGCCCCCUCUUCCCACCCCCCUCAUUUAGCAGGGACACCUUCCCAGAUAGGCAAGGAAGACAAGACAGUGUCUCUGUUAAUUUGGGGAGAGAAAAGUCAUCUAUGGUAAAAUGUGAAAAACAUGUAUCUUUCAAGAAUUAAAGGCAAUCAUGGCUAAUAAAAUGACUAUAAAACAGAAUCCAGAAACAAAACUAAACAUAUCCUUCAAUGGUGCUGUUCUCUAUCUGUGAUAGGUUCAAUCACAUUUUUCUUUUAUUUGCUUAACCUAAUCAGAAAGUCUUUUGCUUUGGGAAGUUGCAUGAUUGAUGUCUCCAGCUUUAAAGAUUUCUGCCUCCUCCCAACUCCAUAUCAUUCUACAUCCAUUGUUAACACCUACCAUCACCACUCACCCAAGGGCAUGAAACUGAUCUCAGAAUCUAGAGAGGGAUGGGGUUGAAGGCCUUUUGUUAACUGUCAGUGCCAUACAACCUGGGAUGUGAUUUUGGUAACAGUGUGGAUACAUCCUGGACUGCCUGCUGAUAUUUCCUUGGACUGAUUUUUGUCCUUUGAAAGAAAAGGGCUGGGGGCAGCUAGGUGGCACCGUGGAUAAAGCACUGGCCCUGGAUUCAGGAGGACCUGUUCAAAUCUGGCCUCAGACACUUGACACUUACUAGCUGAGUGACCCUGGGCAAGUCACUUAACCCUCAUUGCCCUGCAAAAAAAAAAAAAGAAAAAAGAAAAGGGGUUCCCUACCUUUGAUCUGGACUUUGAAUUUGGUCUUGUAAUUAUACAUGAGAGAAGUGUAGUGCCAUUAUUUUUUUUUUUUUACUGCCUUUAAUCUCCAUUCAUGAUUAAAUCCAUUCCCUCCUCUUCUGCCAUACACAUACCUCCCACUGUACCCAAUGGAGUUUAAUCGGUGGUACUGGAGUUUUCUAUGCUGCUUGGGUCAAAAGGGAUUGUCCGCAUUCACCUGCCUCUGGGAAAACUGCUUCUCAUUCUCAUGCCAUAUGCUAGGAUGAAGGGAGAAUACGAUGCAUAUUCAAGCCUCAGCUGUUUCAGUGUUCUCUCUGGGGCAUGCUUCUGGGAUGGUUUUACCAGACUGGAAAGCCUGACUCUUUAGGUUUACAGAGAAUAUGCGUGUUUCUAGAAAACAUUUCUAUAUUUAAGACCAGAUAUUCUCCCUUCCUGUCGUGUUGUGUUAAUACUGCUAACAACAGUUUGCAGCUGUUUCAACCAUUACUUGUUUAAAUCUGUCAGUUGGAGGUCUUUUGGGAGGGGAUAGAGCACAGGAACAGUCAGUCUGUAAUUAUUGUAUAAAUGCUUUAAUAGCAUAUAAAUAAGUAUAUUACUUUUAUUUUGAAAAAUGAUCAGACACUGCCUUUUGUGUGUUUGCUGCCUGUGGCAACCUUUUUAAAGACUGUUACAUAUUAAAAUAGUGUACAUAUAUAUUAUAUUAUAUAUUAUUUACCUCUUUUGCUGUACAGUUGUGAUAGACCAGACUGAAGAUUUUAUUUUUUGUGUGCUUUUUAUAAAAAAAAAUUAAUACACUAAAGAAAAUCUUGCUGAUGUGAUUGUAAUGUACCCAUGUAACUUAUUUACUUUUGAAUGUCUUUCCGUAUCUUUAAACC